UAUAAUACCAACAUAACAAAAAAAAAUAAAAUUUUCUGUCAAAAAAAGCUAUGCAAAAAAAUUCAAAGCGGGCCCAUCCACAAAAUUAUCUUAACAUAUUCAAAUACACAAAAACGUGUAAAAAAAAACCCAGAGUUUUCUCUCUCUCUACCACCAACGCUGCUUAUUUGCUUCACACCGGCUGCAUUUGCAUUCCAUCAAAUCCCAACCCGCUCCUAUACCAUGGAAGACAUAAAAACAAAUUUCGAUAAAAUUAUGGCACAAUUCAAUGAUAGCGUUGCUCAUGUUGCACCCAAAAAACUAACCUUUGAUUAUACAAAUGAUUCUUUAAGUGAAACUUUGCCCAAAAAACGUAAACUCUCCAAUAGCCUAAACACUUCUUUCAACAAAUCAGCUUCCAACAACGACAGUGCAAAUUCUAUACGCAUUGCCAGUGCUGAUACAUCACUAAAUGCAUCCCUCCCACCAAGUCCAUGGGAGUCGCGACGCAUUCGUGCCGAUUUAAUCGAAGCCAAGGCUAGAAUUAUUAAAUUUAAACAAGAAAUCGAACGUCAACACAAAAUACGUCAAGAAAUGGAAACAAUGUAUGAUAGUAAAGUUCGUGAACUCACUAAACAAUGUGAUUUCUCAUCCAACAAACUGCUAGACAUGGAAAAGCACAUGACUGUGAUGCGUAAGAGAGAACAACGUUCCAAAUCCGAAUUGACCGCUGCCAAGAGCGAACUCAAUGAACAAAAGUUAGCCUACGAAGAAACCAUUCAUGAGCUUCAGCGGACUAAUGCUGAAAUUGAAGAAAAUGCCCGACUCAUGCAAAAUGACUUGACCAAUGAAUUGAGUGAUUAUCGACGACAUUCAGAUAAGCUUGAAAUGGAACUCGAAUUAGUUUCCGAAGAAUUGGGAAACUUAAAAGAGACUCUUGCUGAGCAUAAGGAAAAAAUCAACUCAUACGAUGAACUUCAGAUGGAAUUGGAAAAAGAAAAGCAAGCCAGUAACGAGGCAAAGUCUCGUGUAAAACAACUAGAAUAUGAGAUAUCGAAUUAUGCUGAUUGGAAGGAAAUUACUAAGAACACUCAAGCUCGUUUGGCAAGCAUUCCCGAUUUGGACAAAGAGAUUGAUCGGUUAAAGACAAACAAUAAAAAUCUUCAUGAUGUUUUGGGAGAUAAACUUUUGUUGGAAGAACAAGUUCAUGAUUUGAAAAGUCGAUUGGAAAAGUAUGAAAACUCAAAGAAUGAAGCUGUAGCAUUGCAAGUUAAACUCACUAGUUUGGAACAAGAGAUUAAGGAAUGGGUUAAAGUGGCACAAGAUCAUUGUUUGCCAAAUACUUUAGUUAGUCCGAUAGCUCUUCGUUCGCGUAUUGAACAAAUUCUCCAAAAUGAUAUCAUUUUGGUAUCAGAAAAGAGUACAAAUCAAUGUGAGAAGAAUUCAAUUGAAACGCGAAUGAGAGAUUUGCAACAACAAGUUGAUAUGUACACUAAAAACAAUGAAAGUCUUAAGUCGGCUUUAAAACACCACAAAAGCAUUCUACUUCGAGUACAAAAGAAACUAAUGUUGGUUGCAAAAGAACGUGAUUGUUAUAAACAAUUAUUGGAGAAUUUUGAAAAAGAUUUAACAAUUUCCAAUGCUAUUGAGAUGACAAAUCCCGAAUCACAGUUGCGUUGUCGUUUGGAUAUGUUGGAAAAAACACUAGUUGCUUACAAGGAUAUGUGUGGUAAUUUGGAGAAGGAACUGUUUGCACAGAAAUCGAGUUUGGAAAUGUCAUCACCAUCGUGCUUGGAUAGUGGGUUGAAUGAUAGUUAUGAUCAUUUUAAGAAGGAAAUUGAGAAUUUGCGUAUGGAAAAUGAGAGAUUGAAGAGACGUAAGGAGGAAUUGGAGUUGGAAUUGGAGCAUAGAUGUUUGAAGGGGGAUUUUAAUAUUGGAAAGUAUAAGGUUGUCCACUUAUCAAACAACCCAGCAACAGAAGCAUAUGAAAAUGCUAAUAACCGCUUGGAAAAACUCCAAGCCGAAAUUGAGCGUCUCAAGCGUCGCAAUCAAAAACUAGAAGAGGAUAAGGAAGAUAUAACUGGGCGUUUAAAUGAAACAUCUAAUAUGACUGUCAAUAUCAAGGAGUUAAAUACUCUCCGGGCAGAAAACGAAUCGUUGAACAAUAAGAAUAAGAAAAUGAAAGAUUAUUAUCGUUCAUUGAAUUUGGAAUUUCGUGAAGUUUGUUACAUGUUGUUUGGCUACAAAAUCGAUAGAAUUAUGAACAAUAACAACUAUAAGAUUUCCAGCAUGUACGCUGAAACACCAGAUGACUAUCUUAAUUUCAGACUUAACGAUUCGGGUAUUCUUGAUAUGUUGGAAACUCCAUAUUCAAUUUCGCUCAAGGAAAUGAUGCAAUCUCAAUUGGCUGCUCAUAAAUCUCUACCCGCAUUCCUUAGCACAUUAACGUUGGAACUUUUUAACAAAGUAACUGUUGCUGAUUAGAAUUAUAUAUGUGUAAUAAAUGUCUUAAAUAUCUUUAACAUUAAUAAUUAAAUAAUAGUUUUCUUGCAUGAAUUUAAGAUAAUUGUCAUUGUCUGGAAUGGACAAAAAAAAAACAAAUAUUUUACGAAAUAAAUUGUAUGUUCUGUUUCAUAACUUUUCAAAUGGAAAA